AUGAUGCAAACAAGUAUCUCAAAUAAGCCUGUUCUUGCUACGAAAGCCAAAACAAUGUUAGCAAAUACAUGUUCACAUCCAGUGGUCUUGAGAUCAAUCUGCAUCAACUGCCGUCGAGAAGUUGCCGAUCAGCAUGGCCAGCGAUUUAAUUACAUAAACCAUGGUUUAAGGUUAACCAAAACUGAAGUUGUUCGGAUGCGUAAUAUCCAGACAAAUAUUCUUUUGAAGAAGAAGAAGUUAAUCUUGGUUCUUGAUUUAGAUGAGACAUUGCUUCAUCAUACCGCUCGAGGUUCAGUAACCAAAGAAAUAGAAUCUUUUCAAGAUGUUUUUAGGGUAAAAUUGACAAAUUCAUGUUCUUGCACCGUCAAGUUGAGGCCGUUUGUUCUUGAUUUCCUCGAACAAGCUAGUACCAUGUUUGAGUUGUAUGUCUACACUAACUCUUCUCCUCAUUACGCGAAGGAGAUGGUGAAGCUGCUCGAUCCUGAUAAUAAAUACUUUAAUACACGAUUGAUUUCGCGAGUUGACAGCACCGUACCAGGUCGAAAGAAUCUUGACAUAGUGAUGGGGCAAGAAAGGGCGGUUGUUAUUCUUGACGACAGAACCGACGUGUGGCCGGUGAACAAAGGUAAUGUGAUUCAAGUUCAGAGUUAUAAGUACUUUUUUCCGAGAGACGGGGCAUCGAAGAGUAAAUCUUUUGCGGUGAGGAAGGUAGAUGAAGAUAUAAAAAUAAUGAAAUCAUAUUUAGAAAUUCUGAAAAAGAUACACUGUCAAUAUUUUGAUCUUGGUGGUGGAGAUGUUAGGGAUGUAAUGAAGAAGUUCAAGGUGAAAUUCUGA